AUGGCUACCAACGCCACGAGCUUCACGUCGCCUCUGGCCGACAAAUUCUCCGCCGUGAGCCUGCCUCCUCAGGUCGAUUUUGUCAUUGAGAAGGUCGCAAGCGCCGGUAUUGUGACAUGGCUUGUUACCUUGCUCGCUAUUGCUGUCGCAUACGACCAGAUCAGCUACUGGAUCCAAAAGGGGUCAAUUGUCGGUCCUGCUUUCAAGGAACCUUUCAUGGGCCCUUUCUUGCAGUCCAUGAACCCCAAAUUUGAGGAGUACUACGGCAAAUGGAUCAGCGGCCCUCUGAGCUGUGUCUCCGUCUUCCACAAGUUUGUCGUCAUCGCAUCCACCCGCGACCUGUCUCGCAAGAUCUUCAACUCCCCAGGUUUCGUCAAGCCCUGUGUCGUCGAUAUUGCUACCAAGAUCCUCGGAGAGACGAGCUGGGUUUUCCUCGACGGCAAGGAGCACGUCGAUUUCCGCAAGGGUCUGAACGGUCUUUUCACCCGCAGGGCGUUGGAGUGCUACUUGCCCCGUCAAGAGGAGGUCUACAACACCGAGUUCAAGAAGUAUGUCGAGAUCACCAAGGAAGCCGGCGGCAAGCCCGUCCCCUUCAUGCCACACUUCCGCGAUAUCAUGACCGAUGUUUCUUGCCGCACCUUCGUCGGUUACUACAUCUCCCAGGAGGCGAUCAAGAAGAUCUCCGACAACUACUUCCUCGUCACCGCUGCCCUCGAACUCGUAAACUUCCCCAUCAUCAUUCCUUACACCAAGACCUGGUACGGAAAGAAGGCUGCCGCUAUGGUUAUGGAUGAGUUCGCCAAGUGCGCCGCCAAGGCCAAGGUUCGCAUGGCUGCUGGUGCCGAGGUUACAUGCAUCAUGGAUGCCUGGAUCAAGGAUAUGAUCGCUUCCAAGAAGUGGCGCGAGGCUACCGAGAACGGACAAUCUACCGAGGGCCUCCAGAAGCCCCAGCCGUUGAUCCGCGAGUUCACCGACUUCGAGAUUGCUCAGACCAUCUUCACCUUCCUUUUCGCCUCCCAAGAUGCCACAAGCAGUGCUGUCACCAACUUGUUCCAGAUCAUGGCCCAGCGACCCGAGGUGUUGGACCGUGUCCGUGAUGAGAACUACAAGAUUCGAAACGGUGAUAUCCACGCCGCCGUCUCCCUGGAUCAGCUCGAGUCUGCAACCUACACCCGCGCUGUCGUCAGAGAGCUCUUGAGAUACCGCCCUCCCGUCCUGAUGGUUCCCUACAAGGUCAAGAAGGCAUUCCCCAUUACCGACACCUACACCAUUCCCAAGGGCGCCAUGGUCAUUCCCACGACUUACAUGGCUCUGCGUGAUCCCGACGUAUACGAAAACCCUGAUGAGUUCGACCCUGAGCGAUACUACUCUGGUGAUGCUGAGGAGAAGGGUUCCAAGAACUACCUUGUCUUCGGUACUGGUCCUCACUACUGCUUGGGUCAGCACUACGCUCAGCUCAACUUGGCUCUUUGUCUGGGCAAGGCCUCGUUGUAUUUGGACUGGAAGCAUCACGCAACCCCGACAUCUGAGAACAUCAAGGUGUUUGCCACUAUCUUCCCUGAGGAUGACUGCCCCCUGACCUUUGAGGAGAGAAAGUGGUAG